GGUCUGGAAAUUCGAGAUCGAAAAGAAUUUCACACUCCGCCCUUGACCUUGGAUCGAUUGCAAUGGCUGCCUCCUUGCUGAGAAGAAAAGCAGGGAAUCUUGUCAGAUUGUCCUUGGAAAUCCUUCCAAACAGGACAGUUGUACGAAUAUUGAAUGAGAAGAAAUGUCUGAGCUAUUUUCAAAAUUUGAUUCAUCAACCGAAGUUCAAAGUUACAAGGAGUUUGUCUUCUGCUGUAACAGCAUCAAGUGAGGAAGGAGGUAAAGGUGGUAAGCAAGAUGGCAUUGCUGUUAGCCCAGAAGAAGAAGUUCCAACUGAGGAACAAUUGUAUAGGGAAAGAUAUAUUCCAAUAACGCGACGCUCUGUUAUCAGACAUAUAAUGGAAGAGAAAGAGUUCUUAACAGAGGAGGAGAAGAAACAGUUUGAAGAUUUCGCUCUGGCCUUAGACAGUGCUCUUGUUAACAAAUAUCAUGGAAUUUUACAAGAACUUAAGAGUCUCUUUGAUCCUAUCAACCCUGACAAAGACACAAUUCAAACAAGGAAAUGGAAUAGGAGAGAAAGACUUGAUAAUGAAUUCUGGUUAUUAGAAAGAUUACAAGACAUAAUGGAAAAAGCCAACUUUCAUGAAUUAUCUAAAAACACUAUUAAUACAGCUUUAUCAGAACACGAGGCAAGAGAGGGUGUCAGGGUUAGUGUUAAUCCCCUUAAAUAUGAUAUAUUACGGUUUUGGGCACUAGGACGUGAGAUACCUGAACAAAAGUUUAACCUAUAUGAACAAUUCCUGAGUAAAGUUACCAAAAAACCUGCUAGAAAACCCAUAGAAUAUUAUAAACGAGUUGUGGUUGCCAUUAGGCUAAAAAAAGACCAAAAAUUAAUGCUGAAAGCUUUUAAAGAGGUGCCAGUCAAUGCCUUAGAAAUGUUAUUACCCGAUGGUACUAUUAAAAUGAGUACGAUGGAUAAAGGUAUUCUUACAACAUCAGCAUUUAUAGCAUCAGUUGGCGUGGUAGCAAAAUUAGUUACAGUUUUAGCUGACAUGAACAUCGAUUGGACACUUAUAUUGACAGCACUGACAGGAAUCAUUGGUAUCCGUGCCUGGACAGUUUAUAAUAAUCGUAAAAAUAAAUAUCUUGUAGAUGUAUCUAGAACCUUAUAUUAUAAGAACAUUGCCAAUAAUCGUGGAUUGUUGACGUUAUUAGUAGAUAGAGCUGAAGAUGAAAGUUUUAAAGAAACUUUACUGACAUAUGCUUUCUUAUUAACCAAGAGAUCACCAUCAGUAAAAAGUUUACCUAGUAAUCAACAAAAACCAGCAGAAUUGGGUGGUAUAACUGCAUUAACAGUAGAAAAAUCUGUUGAGAAAUGGCUUCAAUCCAAAACUGGCGUUGUUCUUGAUUUCGAUUCUUCGGAGGCAGUUGUACUUCUAAAAAAUUUCGGACUUCUUAGUGAGUGUGCUGACAAAUUACAUGUUUUAUCUUUAGAUGCAGCUUUUAGAAAUCUACCACAAAAACCGCAAUCUAUCGUCGCUCGUGCUCUUGAGGUAGAUAUAUCUGAAGGCUAUGAUAGAGAUGAAUAUCUAGAAACUGAAAAAGAAUACAAGGAAGAAGAGAAGAAAUCCAAUAAAUAUGGCUGGUUUUAGUAUUGUAUUAUAUGUUUAGGGUUAAUUCCAUUGUUUCCUAUACCAGUGAUAUGUAUAUCUAGAAAGAUGAGUGUGUGCAAUUACUAGCAGAUUAAAUGAAAUAUAUUAUUAUAUACAAAAUCUCAGGAUUAAUUUCUGCACUUCCACAGGAUUUUCAUUAUGCAUAUACAGGUUUCUGUGGAUUAUUUGGACAUACAUGUAUAACUGUCUUAUUUUAUACGCAAAUAACUGUUCAUUUUUAAACAGUCAAUCAAAAAUUGGAUAUUAUUGAUGAGUUGUGGGCCCUGAAUAGUCAUUAACCACUUUGGGAAUACUCGAUUGAACAUUCUGGAAUUGAAUUAUCUCUAUCUCAAAUAUAGUGAUAAUCGAGUAAAAAGGGGGGGGGGGGUCAGACUGCAAGGCAUUGCGCCAACUGCAUAAAAAAAUAUCUCAACCAACCAUGACAGCUGAAACAUAUUGGUUGUUUUUAAUUUCGUCACUAUGUACCUACACCACCUCCAUUGUGUGGACUGACAGAACUGUGACAUUACUGAAUUCCAUUUUAUUUGAAUGCAAUUCUGUUAAUUCGGGAUGUUCCAGGCUGACAGUCAAGCAUCCCCAAUGAUACAUCCUUAAUUUCUUUCCAUUUUUGUAAUGACUUAAAGGCAAUAUCUUGUUUGUUUAUAUUCAGUAAAACUAGAAUACUGGUGAUUGGACUGGCUGCCAUUACUGGUUAUGUAUUCUUAUUGAAUAUUAUAAAACAAAUGGUGUCCUAGAAACAUUAGUAGUGAGAUAUUGUAGAUAAUAUGUAUAUAGUUAGGAAUUUAUUUAAUUUAAAGAUGAUGGUUGUAUGUUAAUAUUAUGUAGGUAUUGUUAGUGUAAUAUCAAAAUAAAAGUUAAAUAUGUUUGAUUAUCUCCCUUGACACAUCAGUCCACCAUAAAAAAAAACUUGCGGCCAAUAAUGAUGUUUUGACAGCUACUGUGAAUAACACUAGCACCUAAUAUUCUAAAUAUGCAAGUUUUCAUCAGAUAAUUUAUACCUUUUAAAAUAAAAUAUAUUUUUGUUUUGAA